AUGGAAUUGCCAUAUAAAUUGGAUGAAUUGAGUCCCGAUUUAUCCGAGGAAGCUGUUAGGUUUCAUUAUCUUAAACAUCACAAAGGAUACGUAGAUAACUUAAAUAAAUUAGGACAAAAAUAUCCACAAAUUUUCAAUCAAACACUCGAAGAAUUGAUAAAGUCAGCAGAAGGAAAAGUAUAUGAAAAUGCAUGUCAAGUGUGGAAUCAUAACCAAUAUUGGUUAGGGCUUGAUCCAAAUAGUAAUGGAAAGCCUACACAAUUUGUGGAAGAUCUCAUUAACCUAACAUUUCAAACAUAUGAUAAUUUCAAACAACAAUUUAUUGAAACAGCAAUUAAUCAUUUUGGUAGUGGAUGGGUUUGGCUCCUGUAUUUCAAAAAUGAACCAAAAUUGAGAAUUGUAGAUACACAUGAUGGAAAUAAUCCAAUCAAACUAUUCAACAAUGACAAACCAUUAUUAACACUAGAUAUAUGGGAACAUGCAUACUAUAUCGAUUAUAGAAAUGAUAGAAGAGGAUACGUAAAUUCAUGGUUUAAUAAAAUUGACUGGAAUCGAGUAGAAAAAACCCUGAAGGAACUCAUGAAUCUUUGA